UGUUUUCUCUCUAUCUCUCUCUCUCUCUCUAUGAUUCUUGAUAUGGCUGCUGACGUCAGCUCUCUCGUACGGUUACUAAGCAGUUACAAAGAUGAUCGAGCGGUGGUUAAAGAUUCUGCCGGAGCGAAAUCCACGGCGGCGCUGAUGACUCGUGACCUUCUUGGAAGCGGCAGAGGAGGAGGUGAUCGGUCAUUAGAGCUUGACCUCGAUCUUCAAGUCCCAUCCGGUUACGAAAAACGUCUCGACUUGAAGUCAGGGAAAGUGUAUUUGCAACGAUGUAAUUCAACGAGCUCAUCGUCAAUAACAAACGCAGCAGACCAAUCCAAUCAAACAGUACCAACGUUUCAGGAUUUGAAUUUUCCUCCGAGUUCUAGUAAUUCUCCUUUGUUGAACCUCUUCGACGACACGACAACCCCGGAACUGAAGCUACUUCCGUCAUCUCGUUGUUCUCGUCCGAACACUAGUAAUUUCCAGAGUGUUUGCACACUCGACAAGGUGAAGUCAGCUCUUGAGAGAGCGGAGAGAGAUCCGGCUAUGUUCAAGAAACGUCAAUCGCCGGAUGAUACGGUUUUUGAUCAUUAUCGGACGGAGGUUGUUGGCUCACCGGUGGCGGCUGGAUGUCCUGGAUGUUUAUCGUAUGUUUUGGUGAUGAUGAACAACCCGAAAUGUCCGAGGUGUGAUACCAUUGUUCCUUUGCCUACAAAUUCUAUGAAGAAGAAGCCUAAGAUUGAUCUCAACAUAUCGAUCUGAAUCCUUUGGGGUUUUAUUGGAACAUUUUUCAUUUUUGGGGGUCUCGGUGUUGUAAAUGAUAGAUAACAAUUCUGGGGGUUUAUUUUGUAAAAUUGAUGGAGAAAGAAGACUAAUGGUAUUUUUGUUAAUGCUUUAGUUCAUUUGUAUUACGAUAAUUAAUGUUACAAUUUAAU